AUGGGGGUGCAGGUGGAAAUUAUAGGGAGGCUGAAACUAAGCAGGAACUCAUAUAUACACCAUCUUUGCUCUACACUUUCACAAAGAUUCUUUAUUGUGUUAGAUGAUGUAUGGGAGAAAGAUGUAUGGGAGCAUUUGCUUAGAUAUGCCGUUGAAAAUGCAACAGCUAGUGGUAGGAUUCUGAUUACUACUCAAAGUACGAACGUUGCUAGAGAUAUUGGAGCAGAGAUUCGCCAUGUUAAUAAAAUAGAUAUUGACAGUGGUUGGGAAUUGCUCUGCAAGAUAGUCUUUAGAGAUGAUGAUGAGGAGGAGGAGAUCUCUGGCUUAAAAGAAAUCGGGGUUCAAAUUGUUGAAAAAUGUGACGGCCUUCCUCUUGCUAUCAAGGUCAUUGCAAGGGUUUUAAGGUCGAAGGAGAGAAGCAACCUAGAAUGGAACAAGGUUCUCAAAAGCGAAGUAUGCUCUAUGAGCCAACUUCAAAAAAAACUCCCAAGAGCUCUAUUUUUAAGCUAUGAAUAUUUACCAUCGGGUUGCAAACAGUGUUUUCUUUAUUGUUCGUUGUUUCCGGAGGACUAUAGGAUGCAUCGCGAUGAGCUUAUUCGUUGCUGGGUGGCUGAAGGCUUUGUAAGAAGAACACAGGGAGAUACAAUUAUGGAAGAUUUAGCAGAGGAUUUCUAUAGGGAGUUAAUCGGGAGGAACCUUUUACAGCCAUAUGAUCAGUUUGGUCGCUUGAGUGACGUAGCUGGCAAUUACUGCAAGAUGCAUGAUCUGCUACGUUCCCUUGCUCAUUUUUUGAUACGUGAUGAGAGCAUUUUUCUUGGUGAUCACGAGCAAUCACCUAACACAAAUCCUUUGAGUAAACUCCGUCGUUUGUCGAUGGUUAACACAGGGGAGAGACUAGAAGUUCCUGAUGAAAUAAAACAGCAAAAAUGCCUAAGAAGUUUUCUUGUUUGGAACAGUUAUGAGACAAAGAUGGUCGAGAAUGAACUUUUUAAAAAAUUGAGGUUUCUGCGAGUCAUGGACCUAGGCGGUACUCGACUUGAGAACCUCCCAGACUCCGCAGGAGAUCUUUUGCACCUGAGAUAUUUAAAUGUUUCUAAGACGGAGAUCAAGGAGUUGCCAGAGUCCAUCGGAUGCCUCGUAAACCUACAGAUAUUGAACUUCGCACAUUGUAGAUCCUUGCAUACUCUCCCUAAGGCCAUCACAAAAUUGUGCAAUCUAAGAUGCCUGUCUCCAAGGAAUUCCAUUAACUCAUGUGCCAAAGGGAAUAGGCAAAUUAAAACAUCUGAACCAUCUUCAAGGAUUUGUGAUUGGCCAUGAUGAUAGAAGAGAUGAUGAGGGGUGUGAUUUGAAGGAGCUACAAUCUUUGUCCCAGCUGAGAUUCCUGGAGAUACCGAGUUUGGAGAGGGCACAACCAAGCGGCGCUUUGGUACUCGCAAACAGCAGCUCUCUGAGGACGCUAUGUUUGAGUUGUGAACGAUCUAUGUAUACGGAAGAAGCGAUCCAGAGAAAUGACAAGAUUUAUGAUGAGCUCUCUCCUCAAUCCACCCACCUACAGAAUCUUAUGAUUAGAAACUUCGUUGGUACUGGAUUUUACAGGUGGCUGA